AUGUAAGCCGACUACGCUUGUAUAUUCGCUUAGACGCUUGUGCUAUUUGAUCCGAGUCUUUCGUGGUUAAUGGUUCAGCUUCCUUGUAGCGGCUGGCUACGUCUACAACUGUCAGGGCGUACUUAUAGGUUUUACCUCUCACCCUGUCGUAUGGAAGAAACAACAGGUCGGCCUGGUGAACUUGAUUAGGUGUAUGUAUACCGAAUUUUCUCCUCGGUAUAUAUUUUGGUGCUGAAUGGUCUCAUGAAGAAUGGAAACUGGACCACUGACAAACACUCCAGAUGUGACAGAGUGCAUACAGUCCCCAUCGAAAUCAACUCUUGGUGGCCCGGUGGCAGGAUCAGCAGCAGGCACACAGUCUGUUAUUGAAGGGAACCAACCAAAGGACAUUCACUCCACACUGUCGCCAACACAAGAUGGUGCUGUAAUAGAAGGGAGUCAAGAGCAGGGGAGACAACCCAACCCUUCCGUAAUGGAGGAGAACCAGCGACAGGGACUUCAAUCCAUUUCUACAACAACACACAACUACAUCGGUUGUUCUGUAUCCCAGUAUGAUCUGUCCAACUCAUCUCACACUUCAUUGGGGAAUCCCGAACAUCGUGGCUGUGUAUCACAAGCAUCUCUUAGCAUCAGGAUCAAGCAGCUGAAUGAGGUGUUUGAGGAAAUUCGCACACUCCACACAGCAGAAGAACCCCUGAAAAAACACAACCAUGUGGCACUUUGUGGAGCUCCUGGUGAUGGGAAAACAAGCAUUGCUCUCAAGAUAUGUGAGAAAUAUCUCCUAAAGAAAUAUGAAGUUGUGUUUGUUGAAAAUAUUGAAGAGUUUCAAGUAGAUACAAUAAUUCAACGACAGUGUGACAUGUUGAUUGUGUUUGAUGAUAUGUUUGGUUCUGUAGCAUUUCCAUCCUAUCUGCAGAAAAUCAAGAAAGUGUUGACCGCCCUGGCUGAUGAUAUAGUAAACAUCUCAGUCCAGAAGGAACAACAGGACAAGAGGAAGAGAGAGCUGAAAAAAUUGAAUGUAGACAAGAAGAAUGAGACUCUAGGUGAUGAUGAUUCAAAAGCCUCUACAAACUCAAAAGUGUCUUCAUUAUCUAGAACAUACAACUGGAAUGAAGGGAUGUAG